AUGAGGACUCUGGGCUGGCCUGACACCACUCUCCCCUCUCUCCAAACAGGGGCCCUCGCGGAGCUGCUGCUGGUGCUGCUGGGGCUGAAGGUGCCUGGGGCUGCCAGCUGCCCCACCGACUGCGUCUGCUACCCUUCACCCAUGACCGUCAGCUGCCAGGCCCACAACUUCGUCACCAUCCCCGAGGGCAUCCCCGAGGACAGCGAGCGGAUCUUCCUGCAGAACAACCAGAUCACCCUGCUGCUGCGGGGCCACUUCAGCCCCUCCAUGGUCACCCUCUGGAUCUACUCCAACAACAUCACCUUCAUUGACCCCAACACCUUCGAGGGGUUCGUCAACCUGGAAGAGCUGGACCUGGGGGACAACCGCUACCUGAGGGCUUUGGCAGCCAACACUUUCCAAGGGCUGGUGAAACUCCAUGCCUUGUACCUGUACAAGUGUGGGCUCAGCUCCCUUCCCAGUGGGAUUUUUGGUGGCCUCCACAACCUACAAUACCUUUACCUGCAAGACAACCACAUUGAGUUCCUCCAGGACGACAUUUUUGUUGACUUGGUAAACCUCAGCCAUCUUUUUCUCCAUGGAAACAAGCUUUGGAGCCUCCACCAGAACACGUUCCGGGGGUUAAUAAACCUGGACAGGCUCCUCAUCCAUCAGAAUCAGCUGCAGUGGAUUCACAGGCGGGCGUUCCACGACCUCCGGCGACUGACCACCCUGUUCCUGUUCAACAACAGCCUCUCGGAGCUGCAGGGGGACUGCCUGGCCCACCUGGGGGCCCUCGAGUUCCUCAGGCUGAACGGAAACCCCUGGAGCUGCGACUGCAAGGCCCGCUCGCUCUGGGAAUGGCUGCACCGUUUCCGGGGCUCCAGCUCCAACGUCAUCUGCGAAUCCCCCGAGCGGAUGCACGGCAAGGACCUCAAAGUGCUGAGGACGGAAGAUUUUAGGAACUGUUCGGGCUCGGAGUCGCUCCACCAGAUCAAAACUUUCUCAGCUGCAGACAGAGGAGCCUCCAAAGCCCACCAUCCCCACCACUCCUCCAAGGAGAAGGGUGGCGAGAAGGGUUUGCACAGCAGCCAUCCUGCAGCCCGGCCGGGACCUCGCCGCCCUGCCAAGAACUGCACCAGCCACAAAAACCGCAACCGAACCCUUAAGCCGGGAUCGCUGGGGCCGCGCAAAAGCGGGCACGAGUUUCCCGACUACGUGCCUGACUAUCAGCACAAAUUCAGCUUCGGCGUCAUGCCCACCGGGCUCCCGAAACGCAAAGGGAAGUGCACCCGGCGGACGCCCAUCCGUGCGCCCAGUGGGGUGCAGCAGGCGGCGGGUGGCUGUGCAGGACUCGUGGCCUCGCGCCUGGCCUUUGUGCUGGUCUUGGUGGCCAUCAUGCGCUGA